AGCCGGGCGGAAACGCUACUCCCCUGCAGGAGGAGCCCCCGCCUCUCCGUAGGCUGUCCCCGCCUCCUCCAGUCCCUCCACUCCCCCAAAUCAAGGAAGGCCGUGCAGGUUUCGAGCUCUGCUUUCACUUUCCCUUCCCGCUGCCCACUCCAGGCUCCUCGUGCGGCGCUCAGCCCCCCGCUCUGACCAUGGCCACACUGAGGGUCCAUCCUGAAGCCCAAGCCAAGGUGGAUGUGUUUCGUGAAGACCUGUGUAGCAAGACAGAAAACCUGCUUGGGAGCUAUUUUCCCAAGAAGAUCUCAGAGCUGGAUGCAUUCUUAAAGGAGCCAGCUCUCAACGAAGCCAACCUGAGCAAUCUGAAGGCUCCAUUGGACAUCCCGGUCCCUGAUCCAGUCAAGGAGAAAGAGAAGGAGGAGCGGAAGAAACAGCAGGAGAAGGAAGAGAAGGAUGAGAAGAAGAAAGGGGAAGAUGAAGACAAAGGUCCUCCCUGUGGCCCAGUGGACUGCAAUGAGAAAAUUGUGGAUCUCCUGAAGCGCCUAAAGCCUGAGAUCAAGGAUGCCAUUGAGCAACUCAAUCUGGUCACUACCUGGUUGCAACUACAGAUACCUCGGAUAGAGGAUGGGAAUAAUUUUGGAGUGGCUGUCCAGGAGAAGGUGUUUGAGCUGAUGACCAGCCUUCACACCAAGCUGGAGGGCUUCCACACUCAAAUCUCGAAGUACUUCUCAGAGAGGGGUGAUGCCGUAGCCAAAGCAGCCAAACAGCCCCACGUGGGUGAUUAUCGGCAGCUGGUGCAUGAGCUGGACGAGGCAGAGUACCAGGACAUCCGGCUGAUGGUCAUGGAGAUCCGCAAUGCUUAUGCUGUGUUAUAUGACAUCAUCCUGAAGAACUUUGAGAAGCUCAAGAAGCCCCGUGGAGAAACAAAGGGAAUGAUCUACUGAGGCCCUCUCUUGUUCCCUGAUGGGCUCAACAGAGACCUUCCUACCUUCACCAGGAACUCUAGACUGGACCCAGUCUUCUUCCUGCUGGGGUUUCUCCCUUACUCUCAAACACAAUAAAUACAUGGUCGCCCGCCA